CGUGGGGCUCCCGCUGAGGGUGUUGUGGGCUCUGUCAAAAGUGUCGUGCUCUCUCCUCUAUUGCAGCACGGAAAACCAAUUCACAGAUUUGAACUUGAAGCCUUCCAAAUCUCACUUACAAUACCCUACUGAAUCAAAAUGGAUUCCCAAAUUGAGAACUUGGUCCAAAAGGCGUGGGCAAAAUACAAGGCGACGAAGCCCUCGCAGAGACUUCUCAUCGCAGUUUCAGGCAUUCCAGGGUCAGGAAAGACAACCCUUGCAGCCAUUGUUGCCAAACGACUCAAUGAAUUGUAUCAGAAGGAAUCACCUGGCGCUGCGGCAGGUGGACGAGAAAUUGCAGGCUUUAUCCCGAUGGACGGUUAUCAUCUCUCCAGGGCACAGUUGUCAGCGCUGCCCGAUCCAACAACCGCCCACGCUCGACGAGGGGCGGCAUUCACAUUUGAUGGAGAAUCCUUUUUUAGACUGGUUAAGAAACUGAGAGAGCCCCUCCUUCCUGAGGCUGAGACUCUCUAUGCUCCAAGCUUUGAUCAUGCAGUUAAAGAUCCUGUAGAAGACGAUAUCCCAAUCCACCCGAGCAUGCGUGUUCUCGUCUUUGAGGGAAACUAUCUGUCUCUGAAUAAAUCUCCUUGGAAAGAUGCUGCUGCACUCAUGGACGAGUUAUGGUUCGUUGAAGUCGAUUUCGAUGUCGCGCGGGAACGGCUCGUACGUCGGCACGUCAAGGCCGGCAUCGCAGAAAACGAAGAUGCCGCCCACACGAGAGUAACAGAAAACGAUCUUGUCAACGGCAAAGAAAUCGUUGAUGACCGAUUGGAUGUGGACGAAAUUGUUGUUAGUAGGGAAGACCAGAGCUGGGCACCUGAGCAACAAAACAAGCCUCAACAGUGAAGGCAAUCACAUCCUCGGAGUCUUUUGCUCCGAUUCGCAAGCAGCGCGGUAUAGAGGUCGAUUAAUCGCUCAGAUAAUGCUACAUUUAAAGCGCCAAUAGAGCAAAGAAAUAUAUCAUCGUCGUUGUCAUGAUUGCCGAUCCAACAGUUUGCGCCCGAACAUCAACAGAUGCUUUUUAGUCCGUAUCCCAAACUCGUGAAAAAUAAACACAACAGCAAGCCGAAGGUGAAACAAAACAACGAGUUCCCGACUUCAUACUCCAAGCAAGAGAGUGCGACUCAGGGAAGUCGAUGGGGCUGAGGAUAGUGAAACCAGAGUCCA